GUGGCACUAGAGUUAACUCGUUCAAUAGUCUGGGAAGUUACCCCUCUCAACUCAACUUCCAAAUACUUAUUUUGUUUGUUUUUGCUUGCAAAUGACGUUUGGAGAUUUAUUGUUUUAAAAGGAAUCGUGUUCUCAGAUGGUACAUUAAUACGAUGGCUGGCAAAAAGAAAGAAGUCAGCUUGCAGGCGUCUGUCGCAAACCAAGAGCAAUGGGAUGAGAUGCUUGCAACUAAAGGUUUAACAGUUGUAGAUGUGUACCAGCAGUGGUGUGGUCCAUGCCGAGCUGUUGUCAGCUUACUGAGGAAGAUCAAAAAUGAACUGGGAGAUGACUUGUUACAUUUUGCCACAGCAAAAGCUGACAGUAUCGAUGCUCUAGAAAGGUACAGGGGGAAGUGUGAGCCCACCUUCCUGUUCUAUGGGGGGGGGGAGAUGGUCUCAGUGCUGCGGGGGGCUAACGCUCCUGUCCUCCAGAGGAUGGUGUUGGAGGAACUGGCCAGAGAGAAGACUGUCCUAGAGGAGGGAGGGGAACGCAGAGUGGUGAAAGAUGAAGGUUUGAUAGAUGAAGACGAGGAGGAGGAGGAUCAAAGUGAUGAAGAUAAACUUGUUCCAGACAGUAAAUCAUACACAGUGGCCAUCAUCAAACCAAACGCUGUGGCUCACGGCAAAACUAGUGAGAUUAUCAUGAAGAUUCAGCAUGCCGGGUUUGAGAUCCUAGCCCACGAGGAGAGAACGCUGAGCGACUCUGAAGCACGAGAUUUCUACCAGAACAAAGUAGGAGAGGCCUGUUUUGAAGACCUGAUCCAGUUCAUGUCCAGUGGCCCCUCUCACGUCCUGGUGGUCUCUCAGAGGGAGGGGUCAGCUAAUGUGGUGCCAGCAUGGAGGGAGUUUAUUGGUCCAGCAGACGUAGAGGAAGCCAGGAGGGAUAAACCUGAGAGCCUACGUGCCCAGUAUGGCAGUGAAACCCUGUUCAACUCGCUCCACGGUAGUGACGACAGCCAUCAGGCCAGGAGGGAGCUGGCCUUCUUCUUCCCCAGCUUCAGGACUUCUUCCCGGGCAGAGCAGCACGAGGAGGAAGGGCGAGUGGAGAGGACACUGGCUCUCAUCCGACCCAACCUCUCCAGGGAGAGCAAAGAUAAGAUCUGGUCUCGUAUCCAUGAGGCUGGCUUCACUGUGUCUCUCCAGAGAGAGGUGAUAUUAACAGAGGAACAGGCCAGACGGUUCUACAAACGACAUGUUGACCAGGACAACUUCCCUGCCCUACUGCACAACAUGACCAGUGGUCCUGUGUUGGCUCUGGCCCUGGCCAGGACGGGAGCUGUGGACCACUGGAGGAACCUUCUGGGCCCUAAAGACGUCAACAAGGCCAGGCGUGACUGUCCCCUCAGCCUCAGGGCCCAGUUCAUGGUGGCCAGUGAGGAGGACAGUGAGCCCCAGAACCAGCUGAACCAGCUCCAUGGCAGUGCCAGCAGGGAGGAGGCAGAGGAGGAGAUUGACUUCUUCUUCCCUAAACAGCAGACUCUGGCCAUCAUUAAGCCUGACUCCAUGGACGAACAUAGAGAGGAGAUCCUAGGGGAGAUCCGUGCUGGGGGUUUCUCUAUAUCUCAGCUGAGGGAGACAGUGUUGUCUAGAGACACGGCUGAGGAGUUCUACAGGGAACACAGAGACAAACCGUUCUUCAGCCAGCUGGUUGACUUCAUGUGCAGUGGUCCCUGUAUGCUGCUGGUGCUGACCAAGGAAAAUGCUGUGGAGGAGUGGCGGUCCAUGAUGGGCCCCACAGACCCUGCCCUGGCCCAGGUUACGGCCCCGGGGUCCCUGAGGGCCCGCUUCGCCUUAGACAUCCUCCACAACUCCCUUCACGGCUCCUCCAAUCAGGAGCAUGCUCAGGAGAAGAUUCACUUCCUGUUUGGUGAUAUCAUCACCUCAGACAGAGACCUGACCAGCAAUGGGGAACUGGAACUGGAUCCCACAUCGCGAGGAAAACAGCAGGACAGUUUUGCAGAUCUCAUGGCUUCAGACAAAUCAGGUUGUACAACUGCAGAAAUGACAGAACAUGCUGAGCCAGGCAGUCCAGAGAGCCAUCAAGAGCAUGUUGAGCCAGGAAGUCCAGAGAGCCAUCAAGAGCAUGUUGAGCCAGGAAGUCCAGAGAGCAAUCAAGAGCAUGUUGAGCCAGGAAGUCCAGAGAGCCAUCAAGAGCAUGUUGAGCGGGCCACAUCCACGUCAGACACACCCGGUGUCACACACAAAGAAGGGGGAGGUGAUCAGACACCAGUCUGAAGAAGAAGGAUCAACAGGUCACCAGUAGAGAUCCCCAGGACAGAUCCCCAGGACAGAUCCCCAGGACAGAUCCCCAGGACA